GCUGGAGAGUGUCUCGUUCCCAACACUCAGGCCCACUGUGAGCAUCAGGUACUGAAAAUUCUUUCGCCAUCAAAAGGAAAACUUUGUCCAAAAUGAAAAGAAAAAACAAAUGAAAGCGGAGAAAAAGAACCUUGCCAUCUGAGUAAAAUUGCAGAAAUAAUGUCACAAACGCCUCAGAGAGAUUUGAGCUUCGCAUGUUUCUCUUGUAAGCUUGCUUUCUGAGCAACUCAAACAACUCAGUUUAAGAAGAAACAAUGAAGAACUCUUCUUCAGCGAAGACCCAUAUAGUGAUGCUCCCAUUCAUGGCUCGAGGCCACAUGAUUCCUUUCUUAGCACUCGCAAAGCAAAUCGCGGAACGAACCCACUUCACUAUCACCAUCGUCUCCACUCCUCUCAACAUCCAACAACUCAGAUCCACAGCCUCUCCCUCAUCCACCAUCACCUUCGCAGAGCUUCCCUUCUGCAGCUUGGACCAUGGCCUCCCAACCAACUCAGAAAACACAGACUCUCUACCCUCCUCUCACAUCACUACCCUCUUCAUUGCCUCACAGACCCUCGAACCUUCUUUCCACCGACUCAUCUCCGACAUGUUCCAACAAGAAGGCCGCACACCUCUCUGUAUCAUCUCUGAUGUUUUCAUGAGUUGGGCUGUAAAUGUUGCCAGAAGCUUCGAGACGCCUCACUUUACUUUCACUACCGGAGGAGCUUUUGGAACCGCCGCCUAUUUCUCUAUAUUGUUGAACCUCCCUCACCGCAACACCACCUCUGAUGAAUUCUCCGUUCCUGGCUUCCCUGAAACUUGCAGGUUUCAUCUAUCACAGCUUAAUCCCAGUCUGAGAGCCGUAGAUGGUACCGGCCUCGUGGUUAGAUUAAACCAGAAACAGUUCUCGCUCUUUUUGGGCUCUAAUGGGAUGCUUUGUAACACCGUAGAAGAGAUUGAACCUAUGGGGCUUGAUGCAUUGAGAAAGAACACUGGACUCCCUGUUUGGACGAUUGGGCCUUUCCUUCCUCUAUCACUGCUCAAUCGUUCUUCUUCAUCGUCGUCGUCUCCUUUGGAUGAGUCUUUCUCACGCUCAGGAAAGGAACCAGGAAUCGCCGUGGGAAACUGCUUCAAUUGGUUGGAUUCUCAUCCACCAAAUUCAGUUCUGUACAUCUCAUUUGGGUCUCAGAACACAAUCAGCUCUACCCAAAUGAUGGAACUUGCAAUGGGAUUGGAACUUAGUGGGAAGCCGUUCAUCUGGGUCGUGAGGCAUCCGAUUGGGUUCGACAUUAAAGCUGAGUUCAGAGCAGAGUGGUUGCCAGAAGGGUUCGAAGAGCGAGUGAGAAAAAGAAAUCAAGGUAUGGUGGUGCAUAGAUGGGCACCUCAGUUGGAGAUUCUGUCACAUGGAUCCACAGGAGCUUUUCUGAGUCACUGUGGAUGGAAUUCGGUGUUGGAGAGCUUGAGCCAAGGGGUGCCCAUUAUAGGGUGGCCAAUAGCAGCGGAACAGGCUUACAAUUCGAAGAUGAUGGAAGAGGAGAUGGGGGUGUGUGUGGUGCUGACUAGGGGAGUGGAGAGUUGGGUUGGGAGGGAAGAGGUGGAGAGGGUUGUUAAGAUGGUGAUGAGUAAGGAAGGAAAAGGGGAAGAGAUGAAGAGGAAAGCCAUGCAGAUUGCAGAGAAGAUAAGGGAUUCAGUGAGAGAAGAUGGAAAUCAGAAAGGAUCUUCUCUGAAGGCACUUGAUGGUUUUCUUGAGACUGUUGUGUUGAGUAGAGAGAGUUUAACCGAUUGAGAUCUUCCUACUCUUGACUCCUGCUUAAGAUCAGUUAUAGGUUUUGAAGUUAUAAGUUGGUUCCACACAACAGUCCCAAGGAAAAAAAAAAAGAAAAAAGAAAAAAAGCAACAUGCAUAAUUUAGGUUUUGACUUUACUAGGAUCCACGUAGCUGAUUCCAUGUAGGAUAUUGCUGUCUAGUUGAGAGUUGUUGAUUCCAUUUCUUUCCAUUUACACAAUUGGAAGAACCACUAUUACAAGCUCCAGCAUUUUUUGUUUAGCUGAAUAUUCAUUAUCUAGUAAGAUCUAUUCAACUAGGAGAAAAUAUAUUUAAUUGAGUGGACCGGGUGUCUAAACACUUUCCCUGGUCAUUUGAACUUGAUCUCAUGGUUGGAUAAUUUGAAAGGAAUCAUAUAGUUUUAGGGGAGUGGGUUACCUGAAAGACAGUGUGAGCGUGAUGAUGUUCAAUGAGAGCAAGCAAAAGCAUAAACAAGGGUAUGAUUUCUGCAUUUUAUGAGGGGUGGGGAGGUCAUUUUGCCCCCUGAUGUAUGGGCAGAGGCCACGCUGCCACCUUUCAGGCUUCUUUUCCUCAUUUUAAGCAUGCCUUAGAUCCUUAUCUAAAAGUGACAGCUUGUUUCUUGUGACUUCAUCAUUUCCCACUUUUCAGAUCUGCCAUUCUGUAAUUCAUACUAGUUUUUCCCAAAUGUAAAUGCAUCGACAGAAUAAUAGGAUAAUCAGAGCUUCCUUUUUAUUUUA